UCUCGUCCGCCCAGGGUUCACCCCCGUUCUGUCAAACAAUCAUGGCGGACUACCGAGAGGCGCCCUUGGCUACUCGGCCAAAAACGCUGGACCCCAAUGAGUAUUUCAACGUCUCGCCGGAUCAGCGACGUGCAGAAGAAGGCAGGGCGGCACUGCGGGCGAAUCUGAAGAGGCAGUAUCAGACGCAACUCAAUAACCCGCACAGACAAGAGCUCAUUGAAGACCCUGCCCUGACACGCUGGGUGUAUGCCCGUGCCAACCCCUACACAACCUUCAGGCCGACAUUUAAGACAUCUUUGAUGGGUGCAAUGUUUGGAGUUCUGCCUCUCUUCGUCCUUUACUACGCCUUCAAGACGGACAGGGAUAGGAAGGAGGAUCAGAUUAAGGCUGGAACCCGCGAGCGCAAGUUCAAUUUGUCAUCAUGAGCUCUGUUGUAUAAAGACCUCCUUCGUGUUCCAGUGUUGCUAGUCCGUGUAAUUAUUAUUAACGAAAUAAAAUUAUAUUGUCAAAAACA